UCAAAUUUUGAGGUGCAUAGACAAAGUUGUUGACAGACUUUGUUUGUAUUAAGUGCACAGUUUCCAAGUAUUGAGAAUUUCAUCAAUGGCGUGCUUCCUCAAGAGAAGAUCUAUUGAUGUAAUGAAAGCUAACAACAGAUUAUUUUCAACAGAGGCCUUAGCAACAGAUUCUCAAUCAUCAUUUGUUCAGAGACUCAGAGAUCUGCCCAGGCACCUUCCUGGAACCAAUAUCAAAAGUGAAGUUUCUCAACUCAUUGGGAAAACACCAUUAGUUUAUCUUAACAAAGUGAGUGAAGGAUGUGGUGCUUAUAUUGCUGUUAAACAAGAGAUGAUGCAGCCUACUUCUAGCAUUAAGGACCGACCGGCAUUUGCUAUGAUUAAUGAUGCAGAAAAGAAAGGCUUAAUCUCACCUGGGAAAACAACACUAAUUGAGCCAACAUCAGGAAAUAUGGGAAUAAGUAUGGCGUUUAUGGCGGCCAUGAAAGGCUAUAAAAUGGUUUUAACAAUGCCCUCCUACACAAGUUUGGAGAGAAGGGUCUGUAUGAGAGCAUUUGGAGCUGAUUUAGUAAUCACAGAUCCAACUAAAGGAAUGGGAGGAACUGUUAAGAAGGCUUAUGAUCUUUUGGAAUCUACACCUAAUGCUUUUAUGCUUCAACAAUUCUCCAAUCCUGCUAAUACCCAAGUUCAUUUUGAGACAACUGGCCCCGAAAUAUGGGAAGAUACUCAGGGUAAUGUUGAUAUUUUUGUCAUGGGAAUAGGAAGUGGAGGCACUGUUUCUGGUGUUGGACAGUAUCUGAAAUCCAAAAAUCCUAAUGUCAAAAUAUAUGGAAUUGAGCCAACAGAAAGCAAUGUAUUGAAUGGUGGAAAACCAGGUCCUCAUCACAUAACUGGUAAUGGGGUUGGAUUUAAGCCAGAUAUCCUAGACAUGGAUGUAAUGGAAGAAGUUCUAAUGGUUUCAAGUGAAGAAGCAGUAAAUAUGGCUAGGGAAUUGGCAUUAAAGGAAGGGCUAAUGGUUGGAAUAUCAUCAGGAGCUAAUACAGUAGCAGCGCUUAGACUCGCCAACAAACCAGAAAACAGAGGCAAACUCAUUGUGACUAUACAUCCAAGUUUUGGAGAGAGGUACUUGUCAUCUGUCUUGUAUCAAGAGCUUAGGAAAGAGGCAGAGAACAUGCAACCUGUUCCAGUUGAUUAAUGUCCUUUUACAAUGAUAUAUACUAGUAGUCAAACUGGUACAAGGAAAUAUAUGUAUUAACCUGGAAAUAUUUACUGAAAUAAUGUUUCUGCAUAAUGGAAAUUCAAUUUUUUUCUGAA